AUGCCAACGGCCGCUGUCCUAAACCCCCAUCCACAUCCCUUUACUCAACGUCUGCCCAUCGACACACCUUCACGACAUAUCAGUGAACCCCUCGCCGCCCCCGCGAUGCCUCACGCCCACGAGACGAAGCCGCUCUGGCUCGUCCAGCCACGCCUCGACGCCGGCGAGUAUCGCGACAAGCUCAUCGGCAGCGUCGUCAAAUACCCAGAUCUCCCCACCGAGCGCCACAUCCCCUACCGCGAGGGCACAAAAAUGCCCCGAGAACUAGUCCCCAACCUCGACCCUAAGCCAGUACAAGUCCGCGACGUCAAGUUCUGGACACGUCGAAUCAAAGACGCCGGCGUCUCGGCGAAGCUCAAUGAGAUUCUCGACGCCUUUGUCGAUCGGGCCAAGGAGGACACCAGCGAGAAGAUGGCUACUGUGGCGCGGGUGUGGCAUAUGGAUUCGCCGGGCGAGAAGUUCAAGCAGCUCUUGAAGAACACACAGUAUUUCGAGGAGCUCUUCGACCUAUUACGGGAUAAUCACGGGCAAGGCUACUUCAUCACCGACAUCGUUACCCUCACAAAUAUGGAAAUCAGCGAUUCCACAGGCCGCACAUCGGGUGUUGGCGCAGAAGUCAAGGUCCCUGUAGAUCCUAGCUUCAAUCUCAACGUCGGUGCCGGCGGCCGCUUUCAGGUCCAUCGCGAAAAGGGAUACUCAGCGUGUUACGAGGAAGAGACCAUCAUCUUCCUAGGGUACAGGCUCGUGCGGCUCGAGAAGGUGGAGGGCACGAGGGCAAAGCUAGGGCGAAUGUUCCUCGGCAACAAGAGCGGCUUUACAGUUCGAGAUGGAUUCGACUACUGGCCCGAAAUGGUGGAGAGAGCUGUGGAGGGAAAUUCGGAACCUUUUCUAGGAGGCAUGGAUGAGCCUGAGGCAGAAAAAAGGAGGCCUGAGGAUGAGAUAAAAAAGCCUGAGGAAGAGGAGAGUGCUGAGUUUGACGCCAUAGUGGAGGAAUUAGGAUAUGACUUUGAAGUGGUGGGAUAG